UCACAACCAGUUUCAUUCGAAAAAUCUAUAUAAAAAAAAAGUAAAAAAAUUUCCCCUAGGAAAUUCUACCGUGAAACUAACUCGCUUUAACUUGAUUAUUUCUUCUGCUAUUGGUAUUGAUCACUUAUUUCAAGAUGUCGGACUACUCGAAAUUCCUGGCCAACUUGACGGAUCAGCUGGGCCUCCUGCCGGGACUUUCAACCAGCGGAUUUUCAGGACUCGGAGGACUGGGGAACCUGGGCAACCUAAGCAACUUGGGCAACAAUCUGGGCAACCUGCGCCCCGCCCACAAGGCGCUGAUGUGCGUGGGCGCGGCCACCGUGGCCUGCGUUGUCCUGGGCCUAACGGUUAAGUCCUUGAAGGGGCGUGGUCGCAAGGACGACAAGCGGGGGAUCAUCAAGGUGCGGAACGGGGCGCCGAUCAAGCUUGACCUUGAGGGGGCUGACAUGGACGACGGGAAUGUGGUGCCCAAGUCGCAUUAAAAACCUGGAGGAUUUAGUGGAUCCCCAAUAUUCUGCACACGCCCUACAAAAUCACCCCUCCACCACAUAAAAUACGAUGUUUUGUGCGUUGCAACGUUAUCUAUAUAUUUUGUAAUUUUAUACCGUUCACCAAAGCGGUCAUUUAAAUAACAUCUGUUCAAAAUGAAAUGAACGCUCUUUUAAAUUCUAAAUCUAAAUAGAGCCUUUAAGUUGGAUAUAUUUAAUACAAUAUUUGCUAUAAAAUAUAUUUCUUUCUAGAACAUCUGUUCAAAAAUUACCAUUUAUCAUUACCAAAUGUAUUAAAUGUAAUAUAUUAUACACAUUACCAUGAAAUUAUUUGUAAGAUUAUUUUGUUCUUCCUCACACUGUAAAUUUUGAAAUAUUAAUUAUAAUCUGUGAAACCAAAAA